AUGGCGCUUCCACAGAAAGCUGGCAAGACUACACCUCGUUUGGUUGAGGAUGUCUAUCUGUAUGACCCCGCGCAAGUUCCAGGCACAGGUCGCAACUUGCUCUCCCAAGUCCCUCCAGUGUACUCAGAACACCACAACGGCUCAUUCGACUUUAUAUCACCAGCAGCAUGUCGGCACAACUAUGUCACCAAGGCAAACCAAACCAACAUAGCCCCGGAGGCCCUUCGGAAGCGGCCCGGGGCAUCGUCCAAAGUGUCGGCCAUGUGCUCAAAGUGCCGUUGUCACCUCCAGGUGGUGGUCAAUUAUCCGUCCCGUCCAAACCCCUCGAGUCACAUCCAUCACCUGGUCUAUAAGUCAGGGAGACAGAAGGGAGGUGCUUCCACUGUGGAGAUGACGGGGAAAGGGCAGGUUGCAGAGACGUUCCACUAUCGAUGCUCCCACCUUUCUUGCGCGGCCAUGGUGUCCCUCCGAGUCCUGUCGCCAGUCCUCAGUCCUCAAUUUGUGCAUCUUUUAACUGACCCGGACUCGUUGCGUAAGCGAGCUGAUGAGGCAUUUGCGACUCAUCCGGAACGACUGGAAGGAAUGGCUCCUCCUCUGCCAAUCAACGUUAUGGACAACUUGCGUAUGUACAUCAGCAAUGCUCUACAUGAUAGCCAACCCGGCAGGAGCAUUCCUUCGACCAACAAGAGGUUCAUGGUCUCUUUCGGUGUCGAGGGAGCCCCUUGUAAAGAGCUACUGGAGUUUCUAGAUUUUACUUACUUCGAGAACGAGGGCGUCUGGCGACCCCCACAAGUGAAUUCCACCACCGAGAAGCCCUACCAAGACACCAGCAUCAUUUUCCUUGAUGAUGUUGUCCAUGAACUGCUUGCUUUGAUACACAGUCAGCCCGCAUCGGAAAAGAGAGUCUCUCGGGUCGCCCCGCUUCCUUCUCUGGCGUUGAACGAUAUCUUGUUUGCCUUGGAUGCAUCGGAAUACCCGAAAUCCCCUCGCGCACAAGAGUUCGAAAUGCCAUCUGCUCCGUUAGUUCAUCCCUCACCCCCGUCUGCCAGUUUUCACUCUAAUGUUCGCUUGCCAUGGAAAAGGUUUUACGAAGACCUCGGGGUAGUGGAAAAUAUGUCUUCCGCGACAAUUGUGGAAGCGUACAAUCAACAAGUGUCGGUGGACCCUGCAAGGGCACCAUUUUACUUGAAAUGUCUCAAGUCAAUAGGCACACUCCGGGGUGGCCAAGACUGGGAUAUAAUCGAUCAAGCUGUUCAGGUGGCCUACUCCGAAGGAAAAUAUACGGACGAUGAUGUGGUCGAAGCCUACAAAUAUUUCGGGCUUUGGCACGAUGACCCCAAUCUCACCGAUGACAGCAUCAUCGGCAAGUUCUAUGCGUUCUUGAGCUCCACCAACCAGGAAACGGAGGCACGCCAACAGUUGUGGCGGAUAGGCCACAGUAGACGAAGUGAGCGCAUCAUAUUUGCCUCGGAAGAACGUGUAUCGACUGUUGAGCAAGCCCAAGUCUUCCUGGGUGUGGACGAUCAAACCCCAGACGACUUUAUCACCACGAUGUACACAGCAAAGAUCAACGAUAGUCCCUCAAGCAAGGAUCUGGCAACCCGUGCGGUCAAACUCAUCGCCGACGCGAGAAACUCAGUUGGAUUAAAUCAUUUCAUCAACACCGGGGAAACAGUCGCUAGUGAGAUGGACAUUGGUGAUGCCUAUCGCUUACUUCAGAUCCCGGACCGAACUGCGGACGAAGAGGCAAUCAUGGCGGCAUACACAAUCUGUGUCGAUGACAAUCCAGAGAAGACCGAAGACUACAAUCGUGCUUUGAACAUCAUCGCGAAGGAGAUGAACAGCCCAAUGCUCAGGAACAUGGCAGGAAUCACGACUGAGCCAGAACAGAAUCUGGCAGAUUGGCCCGUUGGCCUGCAGAAUAUCGGGAAUACGUGCUAUCUCAACAGUCUUCUCCAGUUCUACUUUUCCGUGCAGCCUUUCCGAUCAAUGGUCUUGGACUAUGAGAAUUUCCAGCUGGAUUUGGAUGACCAAGAGACGUUAGAAAAGAAACAAGUGGGAUCGCGCAAGGUGGUGAAGAAAGAGGUCGAGCGGUCCCAACGAUUCCUUGGAGAGCUGCGUGUUCUAUUUCAAGACAUGAUCACUUCGCCCCAAUCUGCGGUCACACCUGGUCAAGAACUCGCUCGGUUAACCCUAAUAAGUCCAGAGAAUGAGACAGCCAUCCGCCGCAGAUCGACCAUCUCGGCUGGUCGAUCACAAAGUCUUGGUGACAUCGGUGGGGCACCUAUUUUGGGACCCCUCGGGCCGCCGCAGCCCAUCCUCGAGGAUCAGCCAACCCAGUCUCUGGCUGCCGAUAUCGGCGAUUCAGGCCCUGGUAAAGAUCCCAUGGCCAGCGAUGUGGACAGUGAAGCCACAUUGGUGUCUGAGGGCAAUAGGAAUGACAACUCGGCACCAACUGAAAGCAAGGAAAACAUCCCGCCGCCGGAAGACGCAGCCGAGUCUGAGUCCAAGCCGGACCCGAAAAUAAACACCAACGAUAGUAUCCCCCCAAGGCCUGAACUGCCCAGUCGGCCGCCUCCAGUGCCUCCUCGUCCGUCCACAAAAAUCGACAGACAGAAACAAUUGAUCGAAGAAGUAGAGAUCGGUGCUCAGCAGGAUGUGACCGAAGUUAUCAACAAUGUUUUGUUUCAGAGCCAAUGCGCCAUCAAGCCUCGAGGAUUCUCCCAGGACGGUGAACAGCUCGAUCAGAUCAAAGACUUGUUCUACGGCCGUACUCGGUCUUAUAUCUCCACCGAGGGAGGGACACGAUCGAAAGAAGAGUGGUGGUGCGAUAUCAAGGUUGACGUCGCCAGCGGGUCGCGAGACAUCUACUCUGCCAUCGAUGGGGCAUUUGAUGUCCAGAGGAUCAGCGUUGGGAACUCCACCGCGGAGCAGUAUGGUUCCAUUAGCCAACUUCCUCCAGUUCUUCAGGUCCAGGUGCAGCGCGUCCAGUUCGAUGCGGUGAAGAAGAGCUCUUUCAAAUCGACGGAUCAUCUAGAGCUGCUCGAGACGAUCUACAUGGAUCGAUACAUGGACACUUCGAAGCCGGAGAUUGUGGACCGACGGCGACAAUGCUGGGAAUGGAAGAAAUCCCUCAAAUCACUGGAAGAUCGCCGCCUCGAACUGCUUCGCAAAGAUGAUAAUGACGGAGUUGAUAUGUCGACUUUGUUCAGAACCACCCAGGAUGCACUCCAAGACCUUGCGGACAUUGAGGGUGGUCCUGGGUAUGAUGCCAUGGACUUCGACUCGCAAUUGUUUGAGGACCUUGAUCAGCUUUCGGAGAUUGCGACGAGCGAGCUCCACUCCGUCGAGCAAGAGAUCAAGAACACCCAGACCAUGAUCUCCAGCCAGUUUGCCGACUACCGAAACCUCCCCUACCGACUCUACGCCGUGUUCGUGCACCAUGGAUCUGUCUCCUUUGGCCACUACUACAUCUACAUCUAUGAUUUUCGCAAGGAUCUGUGGCGCAAGUACAACGACGAGUACGUGACCGAGGUGCAAAACGUGGAUGAGAUUUUCAAGGAAGACGGAACCCGCAACCCACCCACGCCCUAUUUCCUUGUCUAUGUCCACGACCAGCUGAAAGACCGACUGGCCAACCCGGUUUGCCGUGAUAUUAUCGAUCCCAUGUCCGGGUUCCAAGUCACCGAAACCCCGAUUGCCAUGCAGGGUGUCCAUGCCAUGAAACCCUCCGAAGACAUGGACGUGGACCCCCCCCCAUACCACGAAGCCAGUGGCGCCCCAGAUUCGACGGUCGAUUCUGCCCUGGCAAACCCCUUGAAGCGCAAGAGUGAAGAUGCUGGUCGCCCUGUUCUAGAGAAUUGA